CGCUCCCGCCGCGCCGGAGGCGGCAGGUUGCGGCGGCGCCGGGCGCUGGGAAGGAGCCGGUUCGAGUCCUGGUCUGGGAGGCCGGCGGGCGCCGAGGGAUAUGCUCUCAGGGCCUGCGGCCAUGGAGCUGAAGGUGUGGGUGGACGGCAUCCAGAGAGUGGUCUGUGGGGUGUCGGAGCAGACGACCUGUCAGGAAGUGGUCAUUGCCCUAGCUCAAGCUAUAGGCCAGACGGGCCGCUUCGUGCUCGUGCAGCGUCUCAGGGAGAAGGAACGGCAGCUGCUGCCCCAGGAGUGUCCCGUGGGUGCUCAGGCUACCUGUGGACAGUUUGCCAGUGAUGUCCAGUUUGUCCUGAGGCGGACAGGGCCCAGCCUCACUGGGAGGCCCUCCUCAGACAGCUGCCCGCCCCCUGAGCGCGGCCCCAUCCGCGCCAGCCUUCCCUCAAAGCCAAGACCGGCACUGGGCCGAGAGUCCCACAAAGCGCUGACCUUCAGCCCGGGGCGCCCCAGGCUGGCCUCCAGCACAGCGCUGCCCGAGCCUGUGGCCUCUGUGGCACCAAUGCCAAGCUGCUGUGAAGACCUGCAGGGCCUGGAGCGGAGGGUGCAAAGGAACGCCGCAGAGCUGGGCCAGGAGGCCUUCUGGGAGCAGGAGCUGCGGCGGGAGCAGGCGCGGGAGCGGGAGGCGCAGGCCCGGCUGCGGGCACUGAGCGCGGCCACGGCCGAGCACGCCGCCCGACUGCAGGCCCUGGACGCCCAGGCUCGCGCCCUGGAGGCCAAGCUGCAGCUGGCCACAGAGGCCCCCGGGCCCCCUUCGCCCACAGCCUCAGCCACCGAGCGCCUGCGCCAGGACCUGGCUGCCCAGGAGCGGCAGAGUGCGGAGGUGCAGGGCAGCCUGGCCCUGGUGAGCAAGGCACUGGAGGCUGCAGAGCAUGCCCUCCAGGCCCAGGCCCAGGAGCUUGAGGAGCUGAACCGGGAGCUGCGUCAGUGCAACCUGCAGCAGUUCAUCCAGCAGACAGGGGCCACCCCUGGCACACAGGUUAGAGUGACCCGAAGCAGGCGGGGCCCGGAGGACCCGGGGGGGGGCCCAGCCCAGCUCCGAGCUGACUGGCCUUCCCCGCAGGAUCUAAUGCCUCCGGCCAGAGGAAAGGCCCUCCCGGGAGCCCCUCGGAGCCCUGCCCUCGUGUCGAGUCUGAACCCAGAGGUUGCCCCCAUGAGGCAGAGCUGGAGGUAGCAGCACCUGCCCAGGGUGAGCGUCCGCUGCCAGCCCAGGCCUGGGCUGUGAAGACGCCAGCACGGCCAGCAGGGCCAGCCCCGUCUGGACAACAGAGGAAGAGCCGCGGUCAUCGUGGACUCGCGCCCUCGUGCCAUUGGAAGGCCUUGUGCCCUGGGCCCAAGACAGAGCACCUCGGAACCUGGGGUUCCCACUGCGGGGGCAGGGGGCGGCCGAGGACUCUCAUCCUGGUGCUGGCCGGUCCGCCAGGCCCCCUCAGAAGCUUGGGGCGUGGCCAGCGCAGAAUGUGCUAGGCCCCAAAGGCCCCAGAUCCUUGCUGGGGACAGGGACGCGUGGCUGCUGCAUUCAGUCUGUGGGUGUGUGCUUGUGUGCGGGAGGCAACCUUCAGUACAUGUAUGUGUGUGUGUACACGCAUGUGGGCGUGCUACCUCCCCAAUGGCAACACUAAAACCUCAAUAAAC